AUGGAGGUAUCCUCUGUGACUCCCUACAAGGGCUGCACUCCCUGGCAGGGGCUCCUUCUCACAGCCUUCCUUUUAAUCUGUUGUCAUUCACCUGCCACUGCUGAAGUCACCAUUGAAUCAGUGCCGCCCAAUGUGUUCGAAGGAGACAGUGUCCUUCUAUAUGUCCACAGUCUGCCAGAGAAUCUGCUAGCCUUUGCUUGGUUCAAAGGGCUAACAAAUAUGAAACGCAGAAUUGUACUCUAUGAACUGAACAACAAUUUAAGUUUGCCGGGGCCUGAAUACAGCGGUAGAGAGACAGUGUACGGCAAUGGAUCCCUGUGGAUUUCCAAUGUCACCCAUGUGGACUCAGGAUUCUAUACCCUACGAACCAUCAGUAGACAUUCAAGAGUUGUGUCACUAACAACCAUCCACCUCCCUGUGUACACCUCCUCUUUCACCUGUGGGCACCUUCCCACCCUUGCCCAGCUCACUAUUGAAUCAGUGCCGCCCAGUGUUGCAGAAGGGGCAAGCGUUCUUCUACAUGUUCACAAUCUCCCAGAGAAUCUUCAAACCUUUUCCUGGUACAAAGGUGUGAUUACGUUCAACAAUCUGGAAGUUGCUCGGCACAUAAUAGCCACGAAUUCAACUAUGCCAGGCCCUGCACACAGUGGUCGAGAGACAGUGUACAGCAAUGGAUCCCUGCUGCUUCACAAUGUCACAUGGAAAGACACUGGAUUCUACACCCUACGAACUCUGAGUAGAGACCUGAAAAUAGAAUUAGUGCAUGUGCAACUCCACGUGGAUUCUUCCCUCUCUACGUGCUGCAACCCUCUCAGCUUUGCCCAACUCACCAUAGAGCCAGUGCCACGAAAUGCUGCCGAAGGGGAAACUGUUCUUUUUCUUGUUCACAAUCUUCCAGAAGAUGUGAGGGCCUUUUCCUGGUACAGAGGAGUGUACAGCAUCCAGAUCUUUAAAAUUGCAGAAUACAGCAGAGCCACAAAUUCCGUCACCCGGGGGCCUGUCCACAGCAGAAGAGAGACAGUGUACCCCAAUGGAUCCCUCCAGCUUCGGGAUGUUACUGAGAAUGACUCAGGCUUGUACACACUUCAGAUUUUAAACAGAGAUUUGAAGGCUGAAACAGCACACGUGCAGUUCCAUGUGAACAGUAAAUGA